CCUCGGGGCCCCGCCCGGUGCCUGGCGCACCCCCAGUGGGGGGCCUGCGUCUGGAAGCCGUAAUGGAGGCGCUGCAGAGGCAGCAGGCCGUCCGUCUGGCCCAGGGGGUGGCGCCCCUCGCCCCUCCGCUCCCACCGCAGCCGCCUCAGCCUCCCAUGCCCGGUCCCCGGAGCCUGCCUGUCCUCAAGGGGACUUUGGGGGAGGUGGGGACUGAGGAAGAAGAGGAUGGCCAAGAGGAGGAGGAAGAGGAAGAGGAAGCAGGGGCAGAAGAGGAGGAAGCCCAAGAGAGCCAUCCAGGCGCCCAGGGCCCGAGCUCCCCUUGCAGCCAAACCCCUGGACCUCAGCCUCAUGAAUGGACCUACGAGGAGCAGUUCAAGCAGCUCUACGAGCUUGAUGCAGAUCCCAAGAGGAAGGAAUUUCUGGAUGACCUGUUUAGCUUCAUGCAAAAGAGGGGCACCCCAGUGAACCGUGUGCCCAUCAUGGCGAAGCAGGUGCUGGACCUGUACGCACUCUUUCGUCUGGUGACAGCCAAGGGCGGCUUAGUGGAAGUCAUCAACCGCAAGGUGUGGCGAGAGGUCACGCGAGGCCUCAGCCUGCCCACCACCAUCACGUCGGCCGCCUUCACUCUACGCACCCAGUACAUGAAGUACCUGUACCCGUACGAGUGCGAGACCCGCGCGCUCAGCUCCCCAGGGGAGCUCCAAGCCGCGAUCGACAGCAACCGGCGCGAGGGCCGCCGUCAGGCUUACACCGCCGCGCCGCUCUUCGGACUGGCGGGGCCGCCCCCUCGGGGCGCUGCGGGCCCCGCCCCGGGCCCCGGGCCCGGCUCCGCCCCGCCCGCCCCCGCGCCCGGCCCGCGCCUCGCCCACUGCUCCGCCUCCGGCCUGCCGGUGCACGCCUGCGCGCAGCUGAGCCCGAGCCCCAUCAAGAAAGAGGAAAGUGGAAUUCCAACCCCUCGGCUGACACUGCCCGUGGGCCUGACCUUGGGACCUGCCCGAGAGAAGUUGGCACCAGAGGAACCCCCAGAGAAGAGGGCUGUGCUGAUGGGGCCCAUGGACCCACCUCGUCCUGGUUUCCUUCCUCGUGGCAAGGUUCCCCUGAGGGAGGAGCGACUGGAUGGGCCUCUCAGUCUGGCAGGCAGUGGUAUCAGCAGUAUCAACAUGGCCCUAGAGAUCAACGGGGUGGUCUACACUGGUGUUCUUUUUGCCCGCCGCCAACCUGUGCCAGCUUCUCAAGCUGGCACAACCAACCCUGCACCACCACCCCCUACCGGGCCUCCUUCCAGCACCUCACUCUGAGAGGUCCCACGUGGAAUCAAGAAUACCAGCCUCCUUCCUGAUUGGGGAGGUAGUGGCUCCCACACAUUGAUUCUUCCAUGGUGCCCACUCUAGAACUCAGCCCUGGGUGGUUCCUUACCCCCAACUCCCCCAUGCCAUGUGCACUUGAAGCCAAAGAAUUUUAAUGUCACAUCUACCUCAUUGUAGAGGGAGAAUACCUCCUCCCUGGCCGACUUCAGUAGGUCUGCCAAAGAGCUCUGUGCUCAGUAGCUGCCAUCAUUUCA